AUGACCACGAGAAAGAACUCAAACAUCCCACAACCGCGAACUAUUCCGCUGCUGGGUAACAUCCCAGAUGUUAAUUUGGAAUACCCGCUUGGAUCCCUUCUUCAUCUCGCAAAUAAAUACGGGCCAAUAUAUAAAUUAUCUAUCGGUGGCACCAAAUUGGUGAUUCUUUCAUCGUACGAGUUCGUCAACGAAGUCUGCGAUGAUAGCCGAUUCAAAAAGUCUAUCCAAGGUGAUCUUGAGGAACUCAGGGCUGUUGUACACGAUGGGCUUUUUACGUCUUCGGGAGAAGAAGAAGAAAAUUGGGGAAUUGCGCACCGCGUGUUGAUGUCUGCUUUUGGGCCAAUGUCAAUCCGAGGAAUGUUCGACAAUAUGCAUGAGGUGUCAAGCCAACUUACCCUGAAAUGGGCGCGCUAUGGUUCAUCUACGCCGAUUUCUGUUGGAGAAGACUUCACACGUCUUACCCUCGAUACUGUUGCACUCUGCUCCAUGGGGUUUCGAUUUAACUCCUAUUACCGAGACGAUAUGCAUCCGUUUAUUAAAGCAAUGUAUGCUGUACUAAAAGCCGCCGGAGACAGGAACAUGCGCGUCUUACCGUCCAUCCUUCAUAAAUCCGCAGAUCGCAGGUUUGAGUCCAAUAUCGCAAUCCUGCGAUCGACUGCUGGGCAGGUCUUAGCAGCUAGGCAAAAAGCCCCGGAUGCCACUGGUGAUCCUAAAGAUCUUUUAAACGCCAUGAUCAACGGCGUGGACCCUAAAACUGGCCACAAAAUGACAGAGCAGAGCAUCAUUGACAAUUUAAUUACGUUUCUUGUUGCAGGCCACGAAACCACCGCCGCCACGCUUUCGUUCACCAUGUACCAAUUAGUAACGAACCCCGACGUUUACCGCAAGGUACAGGCUGAGAUUGAUCACGUCGUCGGGAGUGGGCCGAUCAUGAUAGAUCAUGUUGGGAAGCUAAAGUACUUAUCCGCGGUCAUUCGAGAGACAUUGCGAUUUAAUGCACCAAUCUCGGCAUUUGCCAGAGAGGCAACCAAAGAUGAAACCAUUGGAGGCAAGUACCGGGUCAAAGCUGGCGAACAACUCGUCUGCCUGCUGGCAAAGUCCCACCUUGAUCCGAAAGUCUACGGCGAUACCGCCAACGAAUUUGUGCCAGAGAGAAUGAUGGAAGAUAACUUCAAUCACCUUAUGAAAGAAUAUCCGCAUUGUUGGAGCCCCUUUGGUACUGGACUACGAAGCUGCAUUGGGAGGCCGUUUGCCUGGCAAGAGAUGAUUCUAUCACUCGCUAUGCUUAUGCAAAACUUCAACUUCGUUAUGGACAACCCGUCUUAUUCGCUAAUCGUACAAGAAACUCUGACUAUAAAGCCAAAAGACUUCAAAAUUCGAGCUAUACCUCGAGGCGGACUUAUGCCUUUCCAAUUGGAAGCACGGCUUGCUGGAGCUUUUAGUGGGAAGACGCAAGGCCCAUUACCAACUUCGGAUCAACAAUCGCCUUCGAAUUUAUCGGCAAGUCCAUUGAAUAGUGUCGCGAAAGUAAGUGGUGGCACAAAAUUGACAAUAUUCUACGGCUCGGAUUCUGGAACAUGUGAAUUCAUGGCUCAGCGACUGGCAAAUGAUGCUUCUUCUCAUGGCUUCAAGGCUACAGUGGACACAUUGGAUGCUGGUAGAGAAGCACUCCCUACAGACGGGCCAAUUGUCAUCAUCACAUCUUCAUAUGAGGGGCAACCACCACAUAAUGCCGGCCAUUUUGUCGACUGGAUCCAAAAUAUGGACGGAGAAAAAUUAGACAACGUUGCUUACGCCGUUUAUGGCUGCGGUCACUCCGAUUGGGUCAAAUCUUAUCAUCGCAUUCCUCAAUUAGUAGAUGUCACUCUAGAGAAGCUCGGUGCUCGCCGGAUUGUUUCAAUGGGAACCACCAAUGCCAAAGAUAGAGAUAUGUUCAGUGACUUUGAGUCCUGGGAGGAUGAAGUUCUCUGGCCUGCAAUCGAAAAGCAGUUUGGCGGAUGUACAGAAAACGACAAGUCACCCAUUUCCGGUCUCUCGGUGUCCUUUUCGACUCCCAGAGCUUUAACUCUCCGCCAAGAUACUAGAGAGGGGUUUGUGGUGGCUGCCCGCACUUUGGUAGCCAGCAAAUCGCUUUCCAAAAAGAAGCAUCUCGAAGUCAGACUACCCAGCGAUAUAACUUACGCAACAGGUGAUUACCUCGCCGUACUUCCUCACAACCCAAAGGAAACAGUAUUGCGAGCUAUACGGCGCUUCAGCUUGGCAUGGGACUCCCAUGUUGUUAUCACGGCUUCAGAACCAACCACCCUCCCAACGGAUACUAGUAUCCCUAUAUCGAGUCUGUUGACAUCCUACGUGGAACUUGGACAACCAGCGACUAAACGGAAUGUUCUUAGUCUCUAUCUUAUUGCUGAGGAUGGCAAGUCGAAACAGGAGCUUUAUCACCUGGCUACCAAUGCCUAUGAGACGGAGGUUAGGCUCAAACGCGUCUCUAUACUUGACAUUGCCGAGCAAUUUCCAGACCUUUCAAUACCUUUCAACCAUUUCCUCCUCCUUCUACCACCUAUGAGAGUACGAAAAUAUUCAAUUUCAUCCUCUCCACUUUCAGAUCCUACAACGGCAACUUUAACGUAUUCGGUCAUUGAUAGCCCUGCAUUGUCUGGGAACGGCCGAUAUAUUGGUGUUACAUCGUCGUAUUUGUCGUCGCUUGCACCGGGGGAUCGACUCCAGGUCUCUAUCCGUGCUGCUCAAGGUGCAUUCCGUAUGCCAGCUGACUCCAGCAAAACGCCAAUAAUUUGCAUUGCCACUGGUACUGGUAUUGCUCCAUUUCGGGCUUUCAUCGAAGAGCGUUCCAUCAUUCUGAAAAGCGGACGCUCGCUUGCCCCGGCAGUUCUCUUUUAUGGCUGCCGAAACCCUUUGGACGACAAUUUAUAUUAUGAUGAGUUCUGCACGUGGGAAGCCGCUGGCGCUGUUACUGUUUUCCGAUCCUAUAGCCGUCAACCCGAAGCUUCUCACGGAUGUAAAUAUGUGCAAGACCGCAUCUGGCAUGAACGACAGAAUGUCACGCAGCUGUGGGACAGCAAUGCUAAGAUCUAUGUUUGUGGCUCUAACGUAAUGGCAGACGGGGUCAGAGAAACUUUGAUUCGUAUCUUGUCAAAUAAACUUGAAACGAAAGGGGUACCAAUGGGAAAGAAGGAAGCAAUGGAGUGGUUUGAACGUAUCACCAGCGAACGAUAUGCGAUUGACGUUUUUGACUAGAAGUGUCAUAGCUAUUAUUGAACCAGCG